AUGGCAGCAUUUCCAUUAAACGUUAUCUCCAUGGUUGAAAAUGUUCUUCAUAAGUAUGACGAAAGAUUAGACCAAAGAUUAGACGAAAGAUUAAGCGACAAUCACUUCGCAUCAAGGAAGGCCAAAGAAGCUUCCUUAAGAAGAAAUGAAGCUGCCAAGUGGCUGCGAAAUAUGGUUGGAACGGUUGGUGGUAGGGACUUGCCGGCUGAGCCUUCCGAAGAAGAUUUCAUGGCGGCGUUGCGCAACGGGAUCAUCCUCUGCAGUGCUCUUAACAAAAUCCAACCUGGUGCCAUACCCAAGGUGGUUGAAGCCCCCAGUGAUGCUGAUGUUCUUCCUGAUGGGAAAGCACUAUCUGUGUAUCAAUACUUUGAAAAUGUGAGGAACUUUCUUGUUGCUCUUGAGAGAUUGGGGCUUCCCACUUUUGAAACUUCUGAUUUGGAACAGGGAGGGAUAUCUUCUAGGGUAGUAAAUUGUAUUCUAGCACUCAAGUCAUACAAUGAAGGGAAAUUGAUAACCAAUGGUUUGUGGAGAUAUGGUGGGAAUGCAAGAGCUUCUAAUCUUAUUAAACCAGUUAUGAGUAAGGACCCAGAACCACUCAAGGAGUCUUUCUCAAGUGCCAAUAGUGAUCCUAGCCACGAGCACUGCGAGGAGCAGAACAAAAUAACUCAAGAAUAUAAGCCAUCAUCUGAAGCACAUCAUUCGGGUUUAAAGCCUGCUUCUGAUGACGAAGAGAUGGUUGACAAUGAAGAUGUGGAGGCUAAACAAGAGAAAUGUGAUAAUGUGAAGUACAAUGCCGGUGAAGAACGAAGCAGCAAGCAUUUGAAGCAGCUAGAGUUAGAUCAACAGCAAAAGGAAAGUAGCGAGUUUCAGAAGCAACAAGAUUUAGUUGAACAGGAAAAUGAAAAAAACAAGAUUUUGAAGCAGCAACUUUUAGCUCAAAUUGAAAACAAAAGAAGUGAGCUUUUGAAGCAGCAACAAUUAAUUCAACAGGAAAACGAAAGAAGCAUGCUUUUGAAGCAACAAGAGUUGGCUCAACUAGAAAACAAAAGAAACGAUCUUUUGAAGCAGCAACAAUUAGUUCGAGAAGAAAGUGAAAGAAGUGAGGUUUGGAAGCAACAACAGUUAGCUCAACUGGAAAAUGAAAGAGUCGAACUUACGAAGCAACAACAGAUAGUUCAACAGGAAAAUGAAAGAAGCGAGCUUCUGAAGCAGCAACAAUUAGCUCAACUGGAAAAUGAAAGAAUGCAGCUUUUGGAGGAACAUCAGUUAGUUCAACAACAGAAAAAUGAAAGAAUCAACCUUUUGAAGCAGCAACUAUUAUCUCAACAGGAAAAGGAAAGAGUCCAACUUCUGAAGCAGCAACAGUUAGUUGAACAGCAUAAGGAAAGCAUUCAGGAGUUGAAAAGUAUGGUAUAUCAAACAAAAACAGGAAUGGAAUUUCUGCAAAAGAAACACCAGGAAGAGAUAAUUCAUCUAGGUAAGCAGCUGCAUAGCAUAGCUUCUGCUGCUUCAGGAUAUCAGCGAAUUCUUGAAGAAAACCGCAAGCUAUACAAUCAAGUGCAAGACCUAAAAGGAAAUAUCAGGGUAUACUGCAGAGUUAGGCCUUGCCAUCAUAAUCAAACCAGUGUGGGUAACAUAGAUGAAGGUAGCAUCUCACUCAUAAUACCUUCCAAGAAUGGGAAAGAUGGGAAGAAGACAUUUACUUUCAAUAGAUGUUUCGGUCCUAAUGUGACUCAAGCGGAGGUUUUUGCCGAUACUCAACCUCUGAUACGUUCAGUUCUGGAUGGCUACAAUGUCUGCAUAUUCGCCUACGGUCAGACAGGUUCAGGAAAAACACACACAAUGUCUGGACCAAACAAUCCCACUGAAGAAACAGUAGGUGUUAACUACCGGGCACUUCGAGAUCUUUUCCUUAUCUCAGAACAAAGGAAAGACACCAUUCACUAUGACAUCAGAGUUCAAAUGCUUGAGAUCUAUAAUGAGACAGUUAGAGACCUCCUAUCAACAGAUGGUGUUCAAAAAAGAUUAGAAAUCCGUAACAGUUCUCUGAAUGGAAUUAACGUGCCAGAUGCAAAUCUUGUUCCGGUUCAAUCGACUGCAGAUGUCUUAAGUCUAAUGGACCUGGGAUUUAAGAAUCGUGCUGUUAGUGCUACUGCGAUGAAUGAUCGCAGUAGUCGUUCUCACAGCUGCCUUACAGUUCAUGUUCAUGGAAAGGACCUUACCUCCGGAAAAACAAUUCGUGGUUCUAUUCAUUUAGUUGACCUGGCUGGAAGUGAAAGGGUUGAUAAAUCUGAGGUCACAGGAGACAGACUGAAGGAGGCUCAACAUAUCAACAAGUCACUUGCUGCUUUGGGAGAUGUUAUAUCUUCUCUUGCCCAAAAGCAACAACAUAUUCCAUACAGGAACAGUAAACUUACUCAGCUACUUCAAGAUUCUCUAGGAGGGCAAGCAAAAACUUUAAUGUUUGUUCAUAUUGCUCCGGAGCAAGAUGCUCUUGUAGAAUCAAUUAGUACGUUGAAGUUCGCCGAAAGGGUAUCCACUAUUGAACUUGGUGCUGCCAAAGUUAACAAAGAUAGUGCAGAUGUGAAAGAGCUUAAAGAACAGAUUGCUAAUUUGAAGGCAGCCUUAGCACAGAAGGAUGAAGAAGCAGAACAGUUUCAACAUCCUCCAAGUAGCAAGUCUGAUUUGUCAGUGUUGAAAUCUCAAUUGUCUUCUACUACAGUUAGUUCUAAGUCCGGAAGUCGCAAGAUACCCAGAGAUGAUUCCGCUAGUAGCUUGGAGGUAUGA